GUGGAAACUACAGUCUAUGCAAUAUUCGAAGGUUCAUCUCGUGUUAGUACGUUGUCGGCCACCAGCAAGACUAUCGUAGUUGGUUGACUGACCGGGAGAUUCGGAGUUUAAAACAAUCUGAAAUAGUUAACUACAACUAUAUAUUUUGUUAUUUCUGAGCACAGUCCCUCGUCGAAUUUUGGACGAUAGUGCACAGUGAACGAGCUAUCUUAACAAACCGAGUUGCGACCAAUAUGGUGUCUUUGAAAAGAGAGCGAGAAAUCGAGUUGGACGACGACGAUGAGGUGCCAGUGAAAACUGGUCGCUCGCACGAUACAGAAGAUCGCAGAAGCCGCCACUGUCCUUAUCUGGACACAAUUAACAGGAGUGUGCUGGAUUUUGAUUUUGAGAAGCUGUGUUCCAUCUCCCUCUCGCACAUCAAUGUCUACGCUUGCCUCAUCUGUGGGAAAUACUUCCAAGGUAGAGGACUCAAAUCCCACGCGUAUACCCACAGCGUGCAGUUCACCCAUCACGUGUUCCUCAACCUGCACACACUGAAGUUCUACUGCUUGCCCGACAACUAUGAGAUCAUAGACUCUUCCCUGGAGGACAUAACGUACGUCCUGAAGCCCACCUUCGCCCGGCUGCACAUCGCUAACCUGGACAAGCAGGGCAAGCUCUACCGCGCCUACGACGGCACCACCUACCUGCCCGGCAUCGUGGGCCUCAACAACAUCAAGGCCAACGACUACGCCAACGUCGUGCUGCAGGCCCUGUCCAACGUGCCUCCGCUGCGGAACUACUUCCUGGAGGAGGAGAACUACCGCGGCAUCCGGCGCCCGCCGGGCGACAUCAUGUUCCUGCUGGUGCAGCGUUUCGGGGAGCUGAUGCGCAAGCUGUGGAACCCCCGGAACUUCAAGGCCCACGUGUCGCCCCACGAGAUGCUGCAGGCCGUGGUGCUGUGCAGCAAGAAGAACUUCCAGAUCACCAAGCAGGGGGAUGCUGUUGACUUUCUUUCCUGGUUCCUCAACGCUCUGCACGGUGCUCUGGGCGGCACCAAGAAGAAGCCAUCGUGCAUCACCAAGGUGUUCCAGGGUUCCAUGCGCAUCUUCUCCAAGAAGCUGCCCCACCCAGAUUUGCCGCCGGAGGAGAAGGAGGCGCUGCUCCUGAAGGAGGAGUACCAGGAGGAGAUGUCCGAGUCCACCUUCCUGUACCUGACCCUUGACCUCCCCACCGCCCCGCUGUACAAGGACGAGAAGGAGCAGCUGAUCAUCCCCCAGGUUCCGCUCUUCAACAUCCUGGGAAAGUUCAACGGCAUCACGGAGAAGGAGUACAAGACCUACAAAGAGAACUUCCUCAAGAAGUUCCAGCUGACCAAACUUCCCCCGUAUCUCAUCUUCUGCAUCAAGAGAUUCACCAAAAACAACUUCUUUGUGGAGAAAAACCCCACCAUCGUCAACUUUCCCAUCACGAACGUGGACCUGCGUGAGUACCUGACGGAAGAGGCACAGGUGACAGAAAAGAACACGACCUAUGACCUGGUGGCCAACGUGGUGCAUGAUGGGAAGCCGACGGAGGGGGCGUACAGGAUUCACGUUCUGCAUCAUGGAACUGGGAAGUGGUACGAGCUCCAGGACCUGCAGGUGACGGACAUCCUGCCCCAGAUGAUCACGCUGUCUGAGGCCUACAUUCAGAUUUGGAAGAGGAGAGAGAGCGAAGACACUGACAACCACACGGGGGCGGGUUUCUAACGCGACCGCCUUCUCCCCGUCACCCCCCCACCCCCGUCGAGAAAACCACCCCCCCAGCAGUCACAGGCAUUCAGAUCCUCCAGAAGAGCCAGAUUACCUUGGGGGGGGCAGGGAGGGUGAGCACUGGGACAGCACCCUAAAGCAGAGAUGGACAUUUGCCCCGUUCACACUGGUCAUUGUGGUUGCUGCUGGUGCACUCUCUGCUAAAUCCUUUCCAUGUCAUCUGGAUUCAUUACGUUUGUCCCUCUGACUUGUUUUUCGUUUUUACUUUUAUUAUUAUUAUUAUUUCUUUUUUAUUACAUUGGAGUGUCUCCAUUUUAAGAACAAGGUUGACCAUUAAAUAUUCCUGAUUUGCAAGGUCCUCAUGUUUACGCGUGUGAUGUGUUCAGAAUUGCUCCGUGGUGUCAGACUAGAACUCUUUUUGACCGUAGUCAGGACUGCUCUUCAUACACCGUUCGCUGUCGUAUUUAAAGAGGUCGUCUUGGGAAACGUUUAAAUACGCUUUAAAACAAAAUACCUUUUUUUGCCUCGUUGGCGUUCGUUUUGUUUGUCAAAUGAACUUCUGGAAAGAUCUGCAUUUCAGGUUUUAAUGUUUGGCAUGUAAAUGGAAAUGUUUUGAAUGGAUUGGCUAUUCAAGUAAACCCUUGAUGAAUUGGAACUCAACUUUACUGGUGCAUUACCACAUCAACCUGUGUGUGCUGUUCAGAAAAUUGGCUUGUAUACAGGAUUCAUCAAAAAAACUCCAGGCAUUGGUAACAAACUUUUAAUCAAAUAUAAAAAGCCAGAAAUGAUACAGUGAAGAAAUUCAAAUCAUGAUUUCAUUUUCAAUUUUCAUAAAUUGCUCAUCAUACAUUUUAAGACAGCAUAAAUGGCACAACUGUAAAGUAGUAUAGAAACUGCAAAAACAACAAAACAAUCAACAGCCUCAACAGCUCCUUCAAAUACAUACGUUUAAUAUUUGGCACAAAUGAAAGGCCUGGAUUUAAAUUUCAACAAAUCGUUUUGGGAAAAAAAGAUAAGCUCCUUCAGGUUCGCUCGAUAAUAUAAAACCCACACGGGUAUCAGGAAGAAGCCAGUUUCAGGGAGAACUGAAGCUUAUUCACAGUACGAUCAAAAGGCUAUUAGGAAUUACUUACUGAAAUUGGGCGUGUACAACACGUCAAGUAAGAACUACUUCCUGUAACUGAGUGGGCUUGUAAAACACUGCAUUUUAUGUCUACUGCAAGACGUUUUUGAUACAUUUCAUGCCUCUGGUUAAUUUUGCUUUUGAUAAUGGAUUAUAGUACUUUGUACAGUGCAGUACAUAUCGUCACACCCAACACAUUUACAUUUCAGGGUUCAGCAUCACUUGCACUAUCCAAACCUUUAAAAAAAACAAUACAGAUUGUUCACAGUAAUUAAAAAAUAUUUUGAAAUCAGCAGGAUAAACAAUUGAGGUCUUUCCCAAAGGGGAAUACAUUUAUCCCACCUUACUGAUAUGUGAAAGACCAAAUGUGUGCUUAUGCAUUCUUAUUGGGUCUUUCAAAUAUGCAGUGGGGAUAGAAACAUGCAUUUCACUCUUUUAAAAAAAAUUUUGCAAACAACUGGGCUGCGAUUUUGUGUUCUGCUUUGGCUUAUAUUGUCCAGUUGAUCUCAGUUCAGCUCUGUACAGUUGAGAAUUAAAUCUCUACUGGUCCUGAAUUUUUCCUUUCCUUGUAUUCAGGAAUAAUUAAGCAGUGCAUGACUUUAAGAGAGUGCUGUUGAAUACUAGCCAGUUUGGCUAAUACUGGCACAUUUGCAAUAAUUUUGAUUAUUGUGCACUGUCCCUGUAAAAAAAA